GGGAGCCACCUCAAUAACAUACUUUCUUUGCUCUGGCAUCUUUUGUGUGAAGGCCCUUCCUCUACCUCCCCGCUCUCCUGCCAACCGUUUCCAGUUUAGUGCUGCUCCACUGGAGUCAACUUGGGCUCAGACAAGCUUAGGAAUCUUCAAAGGCCCCUGUGUAUCUUUUCGCACAUGUGGAGUGGACAGCUCCUCCUCCGAUCUAGCUUGUGCAUUGUGGAAAUGCUGACUUAAGUUGGACACAUCGCUGGUUUUUCAAGACCCUGGUCCUGAUACCUGGGGGGCAGACUGACCACCCUGGUGUGAAUGGAAGGCCAUUGGUGGUUCCCGAGGGGGCCUCUGCAGUCACCCUUGCUGCUGGUCCCUGUGGGAGGGGACCCAAAUUACCUUUGGCGCUAGUCCCCGCGGGAGCGGAGCUACGGCCUGGUCCCCAUGGGAGUGGACCCACCCUCUCCCUUGGAGCCUUGAGAGUCCACCAGUGAUCUCUUCUGGCUCCCAUGGGCGGGAACCCUGGUGCUGAUCCCGUGGGAGCUGUCUCGCGUCUCGUCCUGCCCCCAGCUCCCCGCGCGCCGGAACCCCGUUCCAGAACCGGCGAGUGCGGGCGCGGCCUUGGGAGCGGCGGGCGGGACCGACCCAGUGCCACCGCCCGCCGCCGCCCAGGCUCCCGCCCCGUCCCCUUCUCGGGCUCCUCCGUGUCCCCGCCCCUCCCCCUCGGUCCGCGCUCCCGCCCCCGGGCCUGGUCGGCGGCGGCCGCGGGCGGUCCAUGGCUGGGCCCUGGCGGGGACAGCGGCGGCAUGCGGCUCCUGUUCCUGGCGGUGCUGCGGAGGCACACAGGCAACGCCGUCACGGCGGAGCGCAUCCGGGACCAUCUGGAAGCUGCUGGCCACGUAUGUCUUCUGAAAGAUGCCUGUGACCUGGAAAGCCCAUCUGAAAUUGCCCACCUCAUCGAGGCCGAGAACUUGGAGGCAGCACUGGCUCUUCAUCUGUACAGAGGAGGCCGACUCCUGCGAGGUCAUGGAAUCCCAUUUGGAAUCAUCUUUGGUGGAACUGAUUUAAAUGAAGAUGUUAACCACAGAGAAAAAAACGAAGUGAUGGGAAAGGUCCUCGAAGAAGCCAGUGUGCACAUGUACUCGUCAAAAUUCUUUUGGAAAUUAAAAUGCAGAAAGCAAGACAGAGUUCACAGGCUGUCGCAUGUGCCGUUGGCGGCCCAGCCGCAUGCCAGGGGGAAGAUCUACGUCCAGAGUCAAGGAGUCGUGACUGUACCAAACGCUGCCUUCAGCUGGGACACCUUCCUCCGCCGCUCAGGGAUUAACCAAAGUGCUGAUAACUUACACAUCUUUCUCCUGGUGUGUGGCCUUAGACAAGUUAAGGACCCUCUUUACUUGGUGGAUGUGUUCUCAGAAUGGCAUCGUGAAGAGCCUAACGUCUACAUGGUGAUCGCAGGCCCCGCACUCACCGAUUGCUACAGCGGGAGGUUUCCACGGGGAUGCGGCAGUCCGAGUUGGUGCGUGGGGCGCGCAGGGUACGUGGCCCCCGUACCUGAAACUCCUUUACGCUGCACAGCAGCAAACCACACAGAGCCGUCCCUUCGCCGAGCACAGGGAUAUCCCACUUCUCCUGGAGGCGCCCCCAAGGCGUCGUCCCCCCAAGGGACCUCGGACAGUCCCAGGCACUGAACCACUGGGACCCAUUCAAGCCUCCCCACCCUCCUGAGGCCCUGUGACAACUGCCACUCUGCAGCCAAGGAAACUGAAGCCCAGAGAGGUCGCCGAUGCAGGCGCGGCCGGGAGCCCGUGAGCAGACGGGGGGACCGGAGCGCAUGAGCCCCACACGGCCCGCGCCGCCUGUCCUGGCCCUCACGGGUCUACGGAUGGGUCGCUUCAAACCCCGAGCCUCGCUGCAAGGGGCAGGAAUCCCCGGUGUCCCAGAGCCCCCGACACGCUGCCUUCAGCCUCCGCGUUAGUUCACCACGUCAGCCGGCAGGGACGAGCGCGGGC